GACAAGAUGACAAGAGAGGAGGAGGAAUUCGUCGUUAGUAACAUGAUUGGCCUAUUGUUGGCCAGCUACGACACCACCAGUUCGGUUUUAACCUUUUCUCUAAACUUCAUCGCCGAGCUUCCUCAUAUCUUUCAGAAGGUUUAUGAAGAACAAAUGGAUAUUGUCUCAUCUAAAAGUGGAGGAGAAUACUCGUUGGAUUGGGAAGACAUACAAAAGAUGAAAUAUACGUGGAACGUUGUUCGUGAGUCUAUGCGUAUUGUGCCGCCUACUCAGGGAAACUUCAAUGAUGUCAUAACCGAUAUGGACUACGCCGGUUUUACUAUCCCAAAGGGAUGGAAGACAUUUUGGUCGACAUUUUCAACACACAACAAUCCAGAGUACUUCCCAGAACCGGAGAAAUUUGAUCCAUCGAGGUUCGAAGGUCAGGGACCAGCGCCGUUCACAUUCGUACCAUUUGGUGGAGGAGCACACAUGUGUUCUGGUAGAGAGUAUGCUCGGCUUGAGAUUAUGGUGUUCAUUCAUAGGGUGGUUACUCAAUUCAAGCUUGAGAAAGUUGUAAAAGACGAGAAAAUUGUGUACAUUGGAUCACCCAUUCCGGCCAACGGCCUUCCCCUGCGCCUUCAUCGACAUUAGGGAUAUGUAACAAAUUGUCGUGUUUGGAGGCAGCCCGUUGCUUUUUUUAUCUUGUAAUUACAAUUAAGUAAAGCGACUUAAUUUGAAAUGUCACUUG